AUGGCGCACAACGGCGACACUAAUAUCACCGACGCUCACGCGGUGGAGAAGCUCCUGCGUUGCAUCCCCAAGAAGUACUCCCAGAUCAUGCUGGCGAUCGAGACGCUUCUCGAUUUUGUGGAGCCCUCCAUCAAGGAGGUCAUCGGGAAGCUGAAGGCCAUGCAAAAUUGUGAGGUGGCGCCUCACACCAAGUCGAGCGCUGCUCGAGGCAAGCUGCUCUACACCGUCGAGCAGUGGUGGGCCUUCUAG